AUUGCGGUGUGGUGUUGUGCCAGUGGGUCGUUUCGUGUCAGUCAAAAAAGUAGUGUUGUGCCGUGAAGAGACGAAUUAUGACAAAUUCAACGAAAAAUAUGGAGCGACUACCUUGGGCAUUCGUUAAAUAACAUGUACUCUUGUGUGAGGUGAAUACCAGGCUGCCAACCAAGUUUUACAAGUAAAACCCACCAAGUUAUCUCGACAGAAUAGAAAAUUAGCUGAUGUGAAUUGAACACACCUUGAAACACAGAAAAUUGAAAGAGAAAAACAGUGAGAAAAAGAAAACAUAGUAAUAUGCAGCGGAUGUGGUUUAUAGAGAACAAAGAGGAGGAGCAAUUCAAGCAGCUAGAGGUGCCACCUGAGACUAGCUUCAUCGAGGUGGCUACUGAACAUACAUCAGACAUGAGGGGAUCCAAGAGGGACUGGAUUUUUAGAGUCCAGGUGCAUACAUUGGAGAAAAAUGAAGUUUUAUAUGUGGUGGGUAAUUUGCCUGAAUUGGGUGCUUGGAAUCACAACCAAGCAAUUCAAUUAUCACAAGAACAUGGCAGUCGGGAUUCUCCUGUACUUUUUGAUAAUAACAGUAGCAGGGAAUUUUAUAAUGACAAUGGACAUAACAAUGCUGGAGAUGGAUUUGGUGAUUUAGAAGAUGAUGGUGGACAAAUAUUUUCCCAAAAAGUUGCACUUCCCAUUGAUGCAGAUAUAGAGUUUCGAUAUUUUGUUGCUGUCAUCUGUCAAUCUAAUGGUACUAAGAAUUCGGCCAAGACUCUCAUUAUACGUAGAUGGGAGACACAUAUGACACCACGCCUUAUUAAGAAGAACACACCUAGCAAUUUCACUAGUGACACAUUGCCAGAUCCAGACAAAUUCGGUUAUUACAAUGGUUAUUGCAAAAUUGAACGCGGUUGGUUGACCGAUGAAACUGUGAUACAAUUUAAGCUUUUUAAUAAUCCAAUUAAACUAUGGAAAAAUCGAUUACAAAAUAGGAAAGUUCACAUUAAAAUGACACCUGUAAAUCUAGUUAGGCACAAUUCCUUAGAAUUGCAGCAAUUUGGAGGCGAUUGUGUAGAUGAUAGUCUUUCUAUGGAUACACAAGAUAUUAUUGAUCAACCUGCCUUUAGUAUUACAGAAAUUGCUGUAAUGAAUGAUGAAGAGGCUCACUUCAAGAUACAAGAGCAAUUUGGCCGAGCUUACAAUGAAGACGAAUUUAUUAUCUUCAAUGUUGCGGUUCGAUAUCCCGAAACUAUCGCAUAUUUAGUGGACUACUACGUGUACAGCUCAAGGUGUUUUCCAGGAGAACCACCAAAUCAUAUUGGUUUCAGCUACAUCUUGCCCAGUACAUUACAAUCUAGUGUUGGGCUUCUAACAGUACCAAUUACAAGCACAAAACAUAGACCAAUUGGGCAACUCACAGUGGAGUUUGUUGUGAUAAAAUCAAUUCCGGAUUAUCCAUGGGAUAUGAGUAUUUCAUAUGCAAAACAUUGGGAACAACGGUGGUCUGGUUUAGAUGUGGGGCACAGAGGAUUGGGUACAUCUUUUCAAACAAAGAACUGUGCUAAUGUACGUGAAAAUACAAUAGCUUCUUUAAAGACUGCAUCGUAUCACGGAGCUGACAUGGUCGAAUUUGACGUCCAAUUGUCUAAAGACCAUAUACCAGUCAUUUACCACGAUUUCUAUGUAUCUAUUUCUUUAAAACGCAAAAAACAAACAGAAGCUAUGGAUAUGCUGGAAAUACCUGUUAAGGAUCUUACAUUAGAGCAGCUACAUUUAUUAAAGGUAAUUUUUAUUUUUUAUAAUCUAACAGAAUUACAUUAAAAGUAAAUGUACUAUUUUGCAUGUCCCUUACGUCACAAAUCCGUACUUCAAGAAUUGGAACAACACGUCGGUUGUAAUAUUGAAAUUAAAUGGACUAUGCAGCUGAAGGACGGCACGUUCGAGCUUAACCAUCCUUUCGACCUCAAUAUGUAUUUGGAUAUUAUAUUGAAAGUCGUUUUAGAAUACGGAGGAGAUAGAAAAAUCGUUUUCUCAUCAUUUAACCCAGAUAUUUGUGCCAUGAUACGUCUUAAGCAAAAUAAGUACCCAGUAGUGUUUUUGACACAAGGUGUGACUUCGAAAUAUCCCACUUACCACGAUCCAAGGUGUCAAACAGUGCCAAUGGCUGUUAGACACGCGUUAGCGGCUGAUAUCUUAGGAAUUAAUGUCCAUACUGAAGAUAUCCUUAGAGAUCCGUCACAAGUUAAAUUUGUAAAGGAUGCUGGAUUAAUUAUCUUUUGUUGGGGGGAUGACAAUAAUGAUAAAGAUACGAUUCAACAUCUGAAGAAACUUGGUUUGCAUGCAGUAAUUUAUGACAAAAUUGAUGAGUACAACGCGAAAGAAGUUAAAGAAAGCAUAUUCCUAGUUGAUGCUAGAGAAAGUCAAAAGACAUUAAUCGCUUUAGCACAAUGCAAUCAAAGUUGUCCACCACAACCUCAAAUUACUAGUCCCCUAGACACAGAGAAGGAUUACUACAUGGACGUCGACAAAUCGCGAAACAUGAUUACGGCUACAUCAACUACAACCUCACUUGAGUCUUUUGGUAAGAAUAGUAUUGAUGGCGAUAAUAUAUAUCCCAUGUCAACCGUUAAAUUAUCAAGUACAUGUGACCAUCAGGAGAGCAAAGAGAUCAGUGAAAUGACGAAAGAUUUCAGCUUUUGUGCGAAUUCUUUUGGCCAGUCCGCAAAAGCAAAAAACAUCUCAGACAUAGUUUGUGGUUCAACGACAACGUUAUCGGAGAUCUACGUAGAAGAUGAGACUGCGGAAGACUGUCUCUGAUGUUUUCCUUUUAAGGAGGCAUUCACGUCAUGGUUUUGACACAAAAGCCGCAAUCUAAAAAAGGACCUAUCACACGAGGAAGGAGAAAGCUGAAGAAAAUCUUUUGUAACUCAUAAUUUACUAUAAUAUUUACAUCAAAGGGGUUAAACAAUUCAAAUUUCCCCAACAGUCCUAGGAUCCGCAAAAUUGGAUCACUUUAACGGCCAUUACACGGAAUGUAUUCAUACACCAAUGCACAAGAAAGACGACCGAUUGUAUUUUUCACAUCAUUUUACCAUUCCUGCAAUCGGUCGAUUUAAUUGACCAUUUUAUAUUAUAUCUUAAAACUCAAUGGCCUUCUUUUAAUGCUAAUCAAGUUCAACGUUGUUUUCUUUAUGGCAGGUAAAUGUCGGAGUUGCAAGUUUUUAGUACAAAUA